CGCUUGCUUCAUUCCCUCUAGGUCUCUCCUCCUUCGAGAUACCCAAAAUAAAAGGAGAGGGGGCAGGAGAACACCAACACAAGAUUGAUGGAGAGGUGACGAGCAAAAGGUGUAGGCAAAAAGAAAGAAAGAGAGGCAACAGUAAGAGGUUUGCAGUUGCAAGGAGCAACCGUUGUUGACAGGUCUACACAUCAAGUCCAUACCGUUUUGAUGCACUUCGGUAGUCUAGGAACGUUGGUGUCCUAACUUGAAUCCUGUGAGGUUUUGCGAUUGUGGUGAGAAUAGUUGACAUGUUCAUGCUCCUGGCCAUCAUGCAAAUUUGGUACUUACUACAUGAUCUUUUGACCAUUCAAUCACUAAUAAGUACACACUCUGUUUCUAAAUAUAAGACGUGUUGGCAGUUUAAAAACAGAGGUAGUAGUAAUAUAGGGGUUACGUGAAUUUCUUUCGAAUUGAUUUUGCCUCUAAUAAGAUCAUGCUGAAUCGGUAAUAAGCUUUUAUGGAGCAAGCUAGGGUAACAAGUUCUCGAGUUUUUGAACUGUUUUUUGGCGCUUUUGUCCGACUUCCCCAGUUACUAAUCAUAGGAGGAGAAUCUAGCUUGUUGGCACAUUUUGUGACAAUGGACGACGGACUAUACCUUCCGAUCCCCAACCACCUUCUGUUUCCAUAUCCUGAGAUCUCCCACGGCUUCGAUGAGUUCCUAGCGUGUACUCACACACACACCUGCAACGGUCUAUCAUGGUCGGCCGCGGCGCACGCUCACACGUGCCUCCACGCGCACACCCAAGUCAUAGCUUCCGGCGAAGAUCACGCGGAGCAUGACCAGCUGAGGAAUCUCCGGAAGCCUCUGGGGAACCGUGAGGCCGUGCGCAAGUACCGGCAGAAGAAGAAAGCUCACGCAGCCUUCCUUGAGGAGGAGGUCAAGAAGCUCCGCGCCGCCAACCAGCAGCUCCUGAGGCGGCUGCAGGGCCACGCUGCCCUGGAGGCCGAGGUGGCGAGGCUGACGGGCCUCCUGCUCGAUGUCCGAGGCAAAAUCGAUGCGGCUGAGAUCGGCGGCCUGCCGUUCGAGGAGCGUUGCAGCUUCGGCUCUGUCGUCAGCACUGCUGCAGAACCGACAGCACCAUGCUUUGAUUCUGGCAGUGCUGAGGUGCCAGCGGCCUGGGAGGCUUGCGAGAUCGAUGGCGGUGGUAUUGUUUCAGGAGAACUUGGUGUUCCUGAAGUGGUGGACGCUGUUGCCAGCUUCGUGAACUCUCCUGCAUAAUUGGAUGAAGUUCUUUGUAC